UAAAAUAAUUGCGCCCGUCUUUCUCUUUUUUCUUCGAUUUCACCAUUUUCUUUGCUAUUUCAUUUUUCUCACAAUUAUACUCCCUAUUCACCAUUACUACGCCUCUAAGCAACAUGGACAACCGCUCGAAAUCAAUCUUUACUACCUCACGACCUAGAAUUUCGACAGACUUCCUUGCACAUCUCCAACAACAGAUACAGAGGCAGCAGCAACUGCAACAAACUGAAGAACUACCUGCCUUGUUCAAAAAGUCUACUAAACAAACAGUUAUCCCAGUCCUGCCUGAUCGAGCUGCCAACAUAGCGUCUGUGAGCCCUACCUUCAUCAAUAGCUCCAAUCAUAAGCCUAAAAUCCCUUUUCCUGAUAUAAAGACAUCUCUAUCCAAAAAUAACUUUAAAAGCAAAGAGGCACAUCAACUGACCGAAAGCCCCGAGACAUCGUCAUCACACCCCAGCAGGCUUACUCUACCGAGUACUUCCAACAGGCUGGCUAAAUCCUCUAAAAGCGGAGAAAUAGUCGCAGCAAGAUUGGAGCCCUCAUAUCAGCAAGGUCCUUGGGUAAUCAGCUCGGGAAGCGAAGCACACAACUCAACUCAAGCCCAAGAGAACCCAUAUGUGUUCUUUACUACAUAUAUCGACCCUGAUAGCGCCAUGAAUGAUAGACGAACAUAUGUUGAUGAGCCUAAGCACUAUGUCGAAAAGGCGGGAUCUCAACUUACACGGCCUUCGCAUCAACCGUCAAAAUCCAUGUUCAAGCGACAGCAGCCGUCGGAUACAUAUAUUCGAAGCUUUUCAUCGUCGGAUCGACGUCAAAAUUUUGAUGACUCAGAAACGGCCUUGGUGACCAAAGAUUUGCUUCCUCAAGGAUUUUUCGAUGCUAAUACAACAUCACAAGAACCAGUAUCAAGCAUUUCAGCGCAGCACGGGAAACAGCAUUUCAUCUUUCAGCUCAGUGACCCAAGUCAACUUGAGUCCCAUUGGGCAGGAUCUAGGACGCUCGAUUCGCAGCAUGGGUGCCACUAUCCCAAUGUUUCUGAUGUCCAACGCACCAUGGGGCCUAUCACCGUCGGUGAAAAAAAUACUCUCAAACUCCCCCAACAGCUUGGGGAAAGCGUAGUCAAAUGGUCGCAGCCUGAAGGGGAUAGUCGGCUGGAGUCAUCAACCUUACAUUCAAUACUCCCAAUUGGAAAAGCGACCAAUGACGGCAAUCCGUUAUUUCUUCAAUAUCCAAUCGGGGAUGGGUGCUAUUUAGUAUCGGCGAUGUACGUAGAGAGGAGUAUACAUUCUGCUCUUAAACGAUUCCCUGAUAUUGACCGAACACGCAUGUUAUCGAGUCAUAGAAUUCACACUACUGAGCAAAUAACUAAAGCCUUUCAAGAAGUGUUGGAAGAUGAAAAACAUUCCAUGUUUGAAUGA